ACUUUUCCAUCUUCCGCUCGAUGAUUGUAUUUGCUAGCGUGAAGGCGGCAAUCUGUUACGACAUUCCUGCAUUGAGGUGUACUUCUAGUGGGCUGUCCUUCUUAGGAGAACACAUUGGAUUCAUGUGACACUGAAUUUAGUGUCAGCAUUGUAAGAUUAUAAUUAGCCACACGUUUAACAAUGGCAGACAUGGGCAAACUUAACGAGGAGCUUAAGGCCAAGGCCAGAGUGACCAGAGCUCAUGCCAAAGAUCCACUGGAACUUGUCCAAGCCCAGUUUCUUGCCAGAGGGGCCAGUGGCAUUAAAGGCGCUCAGAUGCGAUUUCGUAUCAUGGACGACGACAGCAAUAGGAAAUUGUCUUUUGAAGAGUUUUCUAAAGGCAUGCGUGAAGUAGGCGUCCUACUCAACAAGGAACAGGAAAUUGAACUUUUUCGAACAUUUGACCGAGACGGAGAAGGAACCAUCAAUUUUGAAGAGUUUCUCCGAGCUGUUCAGCCAAAGAUGAAUGACAGAAGAAAGAGAUUAGUAGAAGCGGCCUUUGUAAAGAUGGAUAAAACUGGAGAUGGCGUAGUGACUGUGAAGGAUAUUGCGAAAGCGUACAAUGCAUCCAAACAUCCAAAAUAUAUCAGUGGUGAAUGGACAGAAACCAAAGUGUAUCAAGAAUUUCUCAAGACAUUUGAAGCAGAAGGCCAUGUAGAUGGAAUAGUAACAUUGGAAGAGUUUUUAUCCUACUACUCCGCCAUUAGCUGUAGCAUAGACAGUGACGCCUAUUUCGAUCUGAUGAUGAGAAACAGCUGGGGAAACGACCUGACAGUUUAAUCUAGUGACACAUAAUAAGUUAUCUAUUUGUAAGACAUUUAGUCACCUAUGGGCUCUGUACAAAUACAAACUAUACAUCGCAACUGUGAGCUAUUUGUUGGCGAGUUUUAGGAAUUGCAAGUGUGAGCAUUGAACCAAUUCAUUAAAGGAUGAAUGUUGUUUAUCUGUGCAUGUUUCAGGUUAUUAUUGUGGCUUGUUUGUACAUAAUUAAUAAAGAUUUUUUUCAUUAUAAAAUAUUAUCAAAGCUGGCUGUACUGUAGUAAAAUAUUUUUUAAUAACUGAAAGGUGUUUUGUAAUCACACUUCUUUUCAACAUUUAGUUGAUAAUUUAAUUUAAUCUAAUUUUUUAUUUUGAUAAGCAAACACUAUUGCGGCACACUGUAGCGUACUCUCGACGUUUGAUUGAGUUUUAAAGAUAAUAAAUUUGAAAACAAUAAACAUUUCAGAAUUUCAAAAUUUCUCUUCACUAUUCAAUCUUCUUUGUUCUUCUCCUUUUCUCUCUCACUCUCUCUCUCUUUCUUUCUCUCUCUCUCUCCUUCUUUCUCUCCUUCUCUCUCUUGUUUGCAUUUGUUUUGUGUAAAAUGUAGUGCAUAGUUAUAAAACAGAUCACGUGACUAGUUAUCUGUUAUUUAUUAACUGAAAAUUUGGUAACUAUUUAUUUCUUUGUCAAUAAAGUUGUUUCAACAGACAUAUAAA